GGUGGCAGGAAGAGAACUUCCCCCGUACUUCCGGGACAGACUUGUUGGCAUAUCUGUGGUUGUUUACGAGGCGCGAUGGCCGAAGACCCUGCACUGACUCUCCGCGUGUCAGACAUCAAGGACCCGGAGGUUCUGUUCGAGCGCUACAACACCGCGGAGAUCCGUCGGGUCGAACGCAAAGUCCGCGGCGAGAUCGAGCAGAAGAAGGAGGAGCUGAGGCAGAUGGUUGGGGAGCGGUACCGGGACCUGAUCGAUGCCGCCGACACCAUCGGAGAGAUGAGGCAGUGCUCGGAGAGCGUGGUCCAGUCCAUCCAGGACAUGCACCAGUACUGCCACCAGCUGAAACAGGGCCGAGCCGGCACCAGCAACUGCAGGCAGGAGGGCCAGACACAGUGGCAGGAGAAGUUCUACACCAUGGCCUCCCAGAUCAAGCUCCUCUUGGAGAUCCCAGAGCGCAUCUGGAGCGCCAUGGAGGCGUCCCAGUACCUCCAGGCCACCCAGCUCUACCUGCUUUGUUGCCACCUGCACAGUCUGCUGCAGCUGGGGGGCGCUACAGGGGGCCAUUACAGCCCCGUCCUGGUCCGCUUCCCAAUUUUGGUCCGACAGGUAGCCACCACGGGGCACUUCAGGUCCACCAUUCUCCUGGAGAGCAGGUCUCUGCUGCAGGGCCGCGCCGUGUCCGACCAGGCCAUUGCUGAGGCCCUGGUGUCCACCAUGCUGCUGGAGGACAGCUCACCACGCCAGGCCCUGGCUGACUUCCUGCUGGCUCGGAAAGCCUCCAUCCAUCAGCUGCUCAACCAGCCACAACAUGGUGCAGGGAUCAAGGCCCAGGUGUGCAGCCUGGUGGAGCUGCUGGUCACCACUUUGUUCCAGGCCUACGCUGUCUUCUACCUGCCCCCAGAGGGAGGCCCCAGGCCGGGGGAGGGGGCCCUGAGCUGUGGCAUGCUCUUCUCUACCUUGGAGAAUGUCACCUCCACCACAACCGCAGCUAAAGACAGGAGGGUGUUACAGGAAGAGACGAGCACCGGCCGCUGGUUCAAAUACCUGCCUCCCUCCAUCACCGAGUUCCAGCCCGCCCUUCGCACCCUGGCCAAGCCAAUCCAGAGAGAGCAGCUCCGGGACACCCUUCAGCAGUGGAUCGAUACCUGUAAGGAGGACAUCUGCUGUGGCGUUAGCAGCCUUCUGGUCUAUGUGAAGAGCCUGAAGGGGCUGGCAGCCAUCAGAGACUCUGUAUGGGACCUCCUGUCCACCAAGUCCAUCAGUCAGCACUGGAGCACUGUGUGUCAGCGGCUGCUCGAGCGCCCCCUGGCUGUGUGGGAUGACUUCCUGCAGCAACUCUUCCUUCAGCGCCUGCAGGCUAUCACCAAAGAAGAAACCGAAGCCAUCUCAACCAGCUCCAUCCAGCUCCUCGCCUCAACUGUAAAGGAUCUUGAGGGCCAGACCGUCCGUACCUCUUCGGCUACCAACCCUAGCUCAGCGCGCGGGGCCCAGUACGAGGUGGAUGUGGCCUCCUUCCUGUGGUCGGAAUCCCCGGGGGACCUGCUGAGCGAUGCAGGCUGGGUCAGCGUGAGUCAGCGGGGGCAGCAGCAUCAGAGGAGUAGCCUGGCCAUGAAGACCCAGGCCGUCACGCCCUUCGUCCAGAACUUCUGCUCCUCUCUGGAUGCUAAGCUGAAGACCAGGCUGGAUGACCUGGGGUACUACCUACCCUCCCGAGACGCAGGGUCCGACUCCGUCUCGGCGCCCCCUUCUGGAGCCAGCGAGAGCGCGUCAGCAUCCUCCUUUAACCGCUUCACGGAUUCUGCAGCAGUAGAGGACGCUUUGCGGGAGGGCUGCCUGGCCUGUGUCCGCCUCGUCCUGUCUUCUAUCCGCUCCGAACUGUCCUCGGCCUCCCCUGACCCCACCCCCGCCCGCCUCACUUCAGUCCUUUUCAUGGCCAGGCUCUGCCAGUCCAUGGGGGAACUCUGCCCCAACCUGAAGCACUGCAUCCUGGGAAAAGCGAGCGCUUCUGAGGCUACAGGGAAGGAGGCCCCCAGACAGGCCAAGAAGCUGGGCAAAGCCAGGGCCCCCUCGGAGGUCAGCCCCGCCCAAACCAAGUGGGCAGCUCUGAAGGAGGAUUUCCUCGCCUGCAGCAUGGAGGCGUACCGCAUCUGGAGCUCCGCCCUCUCCAAAGUGCUGCUGGAUAAGUUUGCCACGGCGCUGCAUGCUGAGUCUGCCGGGGCUAUCCUUACCACAGCAACCAACUGGGAGGAUCUGGAGAUCCAGGAGGAAGCCGAAUCAGGGAGCAAUGUCACAUCCAAAAUCCGUCUUCCAGUCCAGCCGUCCUGGUUCGUGCAGUCUCUGCUGUUCCAGCUGUGUGUGCAGGUGAACAGGGUGGGAGGCCAUGCUCUGCCCCGGCCCACCCUGCAGGAGCUGCUGCACACCUGUCUGAAUCAGGUCCUGCACCACUACCAAACCUUUACCCAGCAGGCCCCCAGCAGGGAGGGCGUCUUCCCCAUGACUCAGAACAGAGCCUUACAGCUGUUGUUUGACCUCCGUUACCUUAACACCAUACUGGGCAGCAGAGUGGAGGAAGGAAAGAGCUCCCGGUCCCACCAAGACCCCAGAUUCCACGAGGUGUGUGAUUGGCUGGAGGGCUACAUCGACCCCUUUGACCUGGACGUGUUCACACCUCCGCUCAACACCAACCUCAACCGCCUGUCCCAGAGGACCUCGGUGCUGCUGGGGCUGCUGACGGGCUCAGAGAAGCAGUUUGCCCCGCGGAGCAGCAGUGGCGCCUCUCAGGAGCCUUACAACAUCCUGCCACUAGCCAGCAGCCAGACCAGGUUCGGGUUGCUGCCUCUCAGCAUGUCCAAUGUGCGCAAGUCCAAGUCGGCCUCCCGGAGCGGUGACGCUGCUCUCCAGCUGCGUUUUUGAGAUGCACAGAUGACACGAAGCCGAGUGACGCUGGGGGCAAAAAGUGGUCGGUGGAAGGAUCCUCUGGUUCUGACUGCUGAAUAAAUGGCAGAAUUGUAAAUCCAGCUUUCUGACAGCGGUCUGAACAUCACCGGCACGAGUCCGCAGUUUGUGUAUUUAUUAGACAUGAUGCAUGCCCUUAUGUAAGCCUAGAUUAUUUAACUUCAUUAGAGCUUUUGGGAUGCUCUGCUGUGUGUUAGCAUGGAGCAGCAUAGGCAGCUGGCCCUGAUCCAGCUCUGUCAUGAUACUGCUACACCGUUCCAACCAAACCACAAACCAUCUAUCGCUGUCAUCGUUAAUCACGGAGGCCUCUGAUGGCCCUUUGAGUGACCGCAAUGUCCACAUGGGAGGAGAUCUGGAUCAGGACUUGCAUGUUGGCCAAGUGUGACGUGUUCUUCCUCCGGCAGGCUGCUCCAUCCUCCGUGGCAGAUGGCGAGGACAGCUUCCGUCCCGGCAGCCUGUUCAGACAGCUGGCUGAUCAGGACGGGGACGCUCCGUCUUUAUUCAAGCUCAGUUGGCUCUCUGGCAUGGCCAAGUGACCCUUUAUGGC